CAAGUGUGUGUCGGAGUGUCUGUGCGGUGCUGUGUUUGCGGUGUUUUGUGACAUGUCUGCGGGCUCUGGUGGACUCUGGAGGACUCUGAGUGAAAUGCUGUGCUAGUUUACACACUUUUCUUCGACAUGGAGCCUCCGGACUUUGAAUCCAUGAACUUCACGGUGGAGCCGGCGGAGGCAGCAUACCCGCGCUGUGAGGAGUGGAGGGACUCCUCGGAGGGCUCCGUCUUCCACCUCGCUCACAUCUUCCUCUUCCUCGGCUUCAUGGGCGGCAGCGGCUUCUAUGGCCUCAUCUACCUGUUCAGCUUCCUCACGCUGGGCUUCUUCUGCUGCACGCUGUGGGCGUGGACCGACGCGUGCACCACCGACUCGUUCCUGUGGAGUUUCGCGCUCUUCGGUGUGUGUUUGGGGCAGGUGCUGCACGUUGCCUACCGCCUCAGGAGCGUCUCCUUCGAGAAGGAGUUCCAGGAGCUCUACAACUGCAUGUUCAAGAAGCUCGGGGUGUCGCUGACACAAUUUGGGAAGAUAGUGGCCUGCUGUGACGGAGACAUCCACACCUUAGAGAAGGACCACUGCUUCGCCGUGGAGGGAAAAACUGCCAUCGACAAGCUGUCCGUGCUGCUGUCCGGCAG